AAAACACCCUAUGAGCCCCGCCCCCUAAUUCCUCGAACCACUUGCGUUCCCCUUGUGCUCCGCUCGUCAUCGCCUGCUGCCACAGCGAGCGGCUCCAGCGCCGAAGUCCCCACCGCGCCUCCACUACCCGUAGCCUACUCCCACCGUGAGCGCGCCUGUCACCGCGAGAGCCUCCUGCGCCGAAGUCCCCCUGCGCCUCCACUCCUCGUCGCCUGCUACCAGUACGAGCACCUAGCGCCUGUGCCUGCGUCUCCACUCGUCUUCUCUAAGUGUUCUGAUUGCUAUAAUGUUUGUGACAAGAGUUUUUGGGAGAACCCUUUUUUCUGCAGUCAAAUCAGAGACGUAUGCUACUGCUGCUGCUGCUGCUUCUACAACUAGGACAGGCCCCCCUAACCCUCUUGAAGAGUUCUUUGAGCAAGACAGAAGUCCAGAUGAUGAUAAACCUGUUGUCUAUGGUCGAAGCUGGAAGGCUUCUGAACUGCGCCUCAAGUCGUGGGAUGAUCUGAACAAGCUAUGGUAUGUUCUGAUGAAGGAGAAAAACAUGCUGAUGACUCAACGGCAGAUGCUUAAUGCACAGAACCUACGAUUUCCUAAUCCAGAGCGUCUCCCCAAGGUGAGGAAGUCCAUGUGCCGAAUCAAGCAUGUACUCACUGAGAGAGCAAUUGAAGAACCAGAUCCGAGGAGGUCUGCUGAAAUGAAGAGGAUGAUAAAUGCUUUAUGAAGACUUCCAACAUGCAUCUGUUGCCGCUUGGGAAGGAAGAAAUGUGGGAGGAUAAAAAUGCUGGUUUAUAGUGGUUCAGCUUGUAUUUGGUUUGGCAAUUUAUACAUAGUUUCGUUUACAAUUUUGGGGAUUUGAUGAACAAUUUGAAUGAUCCAAUUCCAUUACUAGUUCCAGGAAUAUUUUCAAA